AAGAUGUAUUAUUUUCCUUCUUAAGUUAACGUCGCGAGAUCUUAAUUGUUCAUGUCGUUAGACAUAAUCUUGUCAUUAAUUUCUAAUGUUCUGUGUGUCAUAGCCGGUCUUGCGUUACCGUUAUUAUUAAUGUCAUACGCACGCGAUCACGUCUACACGAGUUAGCAUAUUAAUUCAUUCGAGCCAGUGAUAAAUUAUCUUUAAACUCGAGUCAGAUUCAGUGAUUAACCUUUCACUGCCGACUAAGCAUUUUCCCGCCUUUCCAUUUCGCCUUCAGCGAAUUAUCGUUAGCGUCAAGACACCACGGCGCAGUGUUGAGCAACGAGACACGUUUAGCCCCCACAGCUACGAGCGGGUUGGAAAUCGCAUCACUGAUCCAUUCCCGCCGAGACUGCGAGAUUCCUCGGCGCACAUCAAGAUGACAAGAUCGAAGAUAGAAUUGGGCGACGUGACACCGCACAACAUAAAGCAGCUGAAAUUGCUCAAUCAAGUCGUAUUCCCGGUCUCGUACAACGAAAAGUUUUACAAGGAUGUACUGGAAGCCGGAGAACUUGCUAAACUAGCAUAUUACAAUGACAUAGUGGUUGGAGCAGUUUGCUGUCGUGUAGAUACUUCAGAAAAUUCUCGGCGUUUAUAUAUAAUGACAUUGGGUUGUCUGUAUCCUUAUAGAAGAUUAGGAAUUGGCACUGUUAUGGUCCAGCAUGUUUUAAACUAUGUUAACAAGGAUGGCAAUUUCGAUUCUAUCUUCUUACAUGUUCAAAUAAGUAACGAAGGCGCGAUUGACUUUUAUAAGAAAUUCGGAUUUGAGAUUGUCGAAACUAAAGAGCAUUAUUAUAAGAGAAUAGAACCAGCGGAUGCACAUGUGCUGCAGAAAACACUGCGUCCACGAACAACAAAUCAAACAAAUCAUCAAACGGUCAACUAA